AUGACAGUCGUGUUAUGGUAUUGUCCUCCACCAGGCUCAACAGCCUAUGAAACUUUAAAUACAUUGAUUCAAUCUAUACAGACAUUAUUCCCCAAUUCUCCUGUUUUUGAACCGCAUAUAACGUUAAACACUCAUCUAACGGUCAGCACAAAAGAUGAUGUCAACAAAGUAUUAACAUAUUGCGUAGCUGCGAUGAAUAGUAUCAAGAAAUCCAUUGAAAAGGAAAAUAAGUCAUUAGUUCGAAUGAAUGGUUUUGUUACUGGAAAGUCAUAUUUCCAAAAAGUGAAAUUAUCAUGUGAAUUAGAUAAAUAUCUACUAAGUAUAGCACAAAUAAUUAGAGAAUUGUUUGUGGAAAGUGAACAGAAUACGGAAUUAAAAAAAUUGAAUGCUCAAAAUUGGGUUCAUAAUGAUUUCAAACCUCAUGUAUCCUUAUUAUAUUCUGAUAUAUAUCCUAUUAGUCCUGCAUUUACAAAGAUUAUACAACAAAGAAUUGAAGAUACUUUGGGCGUUAAGGUAAUAUCAAAUGAGGCUGACGAGUGGAAAUUUGAUCAAAUACCUAAAAAUGUUAGUUGGGGAAUUCCAGCCACUUUCAAAGUGGUAAACUGUGAAGGUCCUAUAGAGGAAUGGGAAGUUCUUGGAAGAACUGACAUUUAG